AUGUCCAUAUAUUCCACGCCGUUGAAGAGUGGGAUUGACUAUAGCAGGACAGUUUUGAACCCCGCAAACGCCUCAGUAGUGAGCGGAAACCUCGCAGAAAAUGAAUCGAAAAGACCCUUGACAAACGAUCAGGGUCCGGUGAUGCUUUCGAGUUACGGCGUAGUAGCUCCAUCUACAGUAUCUAUGGGGUCCUCUACAAGUGGGGAUCACUUAAAAGUGACAGGAUUCGGCUCGAAACCGGCUCUGCAGCUGGCUAGUCAGUAUAUUGACCACAUGCAAAACCGCGAUUCGAGCACACCAGUUCUUGACGAACGUUCGUACUACAACAAUGGGGUCAAUUAUAAUUUCAGCAAAGAGGUGGGCGGUCUGGGAGCUUUCACGCCUCUGGAACGUACCCAGGUGAUAAACAUACCCGAUGUUGUUCUUCGAGAGGCUGCAGAAGCGGAAAUGAAAAGCGACAUGGGAGUUUUCCCAGAGUUGAAUAGGUGCUGGAUCACAAUCGAUAACAAGCUGAUUUUGUGGGAUUUGGAUCAUCCUUCAGACCUCCAGUCCAUCGACGACAUAAAGCACACAAUUCUGUCGGUAGCUCUCGUGAGACCCAAGCCCAAUACAUUCGUGGAGUCUGUCAGCCAUCUAUUGCUAAUCGCUACUCCUUUCGACAUCUAUUUGCUUGCCAUACAGUACAAUCCCAAUAUAAAUGAGGUAGCAGUAUUCAACACUGGAAUGUGCGUCUCGGUCCAUGGGCUAGACGUCAGUGAGUUCACAUCAUGCGACAAAACGGGGCAAAUUUUCUUUGUCGGGAAAUCUAGCGGUACAAACAUUUGGGAGCUUCAGUAUUCUAGCAACGAGGACUGGUUUAACAGCAAAUGCAACAAAGUUUGCCUCACCCAAUCCAUUUUCAGCAGUCUGCUUCCGACAAACCUAAUGUCCAAAAUUCCUGGCAGUAAUUUGGUGCAGUCGUUUUUCGAAGAGACGUCAAAGUAUGUUGCAGAACAUCUCGUACAGAUAUGCGUUGACGAGUCAAGAGGAAUUUUGUACUCAUUAUCAAACAAGUCAAUUAUCCGCGCCUACAAAAUCAACGGGAAACAUUUAGAAGGUCCGCUCACACUCGAAACUUCUUAUAUCAAAAGAAUUUUGGGUACGACCUCUGCAAGAGGAGCAGCAAUCUUGGGCAACAAGUUCUUAAAGCUCUCUAAAUUAGUGGUUGUCUCUGGCAAAGAAAACAGUAACUUGUUUUUGGUGGCUAUUACAGUAGGUGGUGUUCGCAUUUACUUCAACGGAUCAUCCACACAGAGCCAUCUAGAGGCUUUGAGAUUGGAAUCUGUUAAGUUUCCCCCAAGUUCCGUCACGCCAGAAGCCAUUGAACAGGAAUUGCAACAACAGCAGCAAAAAAAAAGUGUACCAUUCUACUCCUCACUUGCAAGUUCCGAGUCCGUAAUGCUUAAAUUCCAGAAGAAAUCCUCUGUUCUUCUAGAAACCACACGAGCAAGCACCAUCAUAUCACCGGGCAUUUUUUUCUCAGCUGUUGAUAAAGCACCUCAACAGGAGAACACGACAUCCACACAGGAUCAAACUGUUGACAACCAACAGCAAGUCAAGCCAGCGGUACACUGGGCUUUCGGACAAGCACCUCCUCAAACACAGUCUUCCUCGCGUAACACCCAGACCCAGCAUAAGUUAUUUGUGUCUGUACCAGAUUACGGAAUCUUGAAGAAACAUGGAAAAUACAUCGAGAACACCACGGUUCUGGACACAACAGGCAUUGUCAGGCAUAUAGUUCCCAUCACCCCCUUCUUCAAUGCUACCGAAAAGCCGGAAGGCUACGCCAACGAAUUUGCUACCCAGUAUACCUCGUCUGAGUUUAAGGUGGCUGUUCUAACCAAUUCGACAUUUGAAAUUUACAGAUACAGAAAUCCUGACGCGGUUUUCGAAUCUUUGAUCGAAAAUCCGCUACCAUUUGUUCUGAACUACGGUUUGAGCGAGGCAUGCUCUACUGCGCUCUUCGUCACAUGCAAAUGUAACAAAUCCGAGGCCUUGAGAUCAAAAGCGUUAACUUUCUUUACUGUUGGGUUGCCUGGUGUCGCAGAAAUCAAACCAAGAUACAACACUUAUCCUUCUUCGGCUAUAUCGACGUUUUUACCAAAAGCACCAAUAAUGUCGACCCCUAAGAGGUCUACUCCAGAUGCAGACAACGUAGGGUAUGGUUUUGUCUCAGCUGAAGAUAAUUAUAGCUUGGAUGAUGUCAUUCUAUCGCCACGGUUUUAUGGAACAGCUCUCUUCAUCUCGAGAUUGUUCCGGGAUAUAUGGGAUAGGCCUGUAUUCGUCAAAAAUCGAUCUGCUAGAUUUGACCUCCAAUGCAAGCUAGUCGAAAGCUCCAUAAGUGGUAAAAAUCUGAUCGAUUCGAUAUCUGUAUCAAAGGCGGACGUGGAGUAUUAUUUGUCAUCUGUUAUGAUUCUGAAUGACUUUUUUGAUACUUACGGAAACACACUAUCAAGCAUUUGCAUCCCAUCAUUCCAGACUGCCAAAAAUGUCGACAGAUAUGAGGAGCUUGCUUACCAGGCUGAAAACAUUGCCAUCAAUUCUCUUAUCAAGCUCGUUCAGUCAAUGAAGGAGGCCUUUUCGUUCUUGAACGUUUUGUUCGAAGAAAGCGAUGUUGAAGGCUUCGAAGGCCAGUACGUGGCAUUUAAAGACAUCAUGAAGUUUUUGAAUUUGUCUACUCAAACUGAACUCGCCAAUCUCAAAUACAAAGAAAUUUUUGCUCCCAACGAGACAACUCAGAACCUUUUGCGAGACAUACUUUCCUCCAUUAUUAACAGAAGUAUUUCCAGAGGCGGAUCUAUCGAAUACAUUGCCACUGCACUACAAGAAAGAUGUGGGUCAUUCUGUUCUAGUAGCGACAUACUUGGCUUCCGUGCUGUGGAGCACUUGAGGAAAGCCAAGGAAGUUGGCCUCAGAGACUUUGAAACUACUAACUACCAUUUGACGACGGCCAUAAGGUUAUUUGAAAAGAUAGUGGAUAGUCUAUCAAUUGAAAGACUGAAAGAGGCGGUUUCGACAAUGGUAGAACUAAAUUACUUUCCUGGCACUAUUAAGUUCCUGUUAAACAUCGCGAAUUUGAUGGACAAAGGAAAACUGGCAUAUCAGUAUGUCGAUAACGGCUAUUUGGAACAAGACCCAAGAAAAUCUUUCUACGAGAAACGAAUUCUUGCCUACGAGCUUGUUUUCGAGACCCUGGUGAAAGUGGACGAAAAAGUGUCUUCUGCGAUCGCGACCGGUGUCACAGCAAUGAACAACAUCGAAGAGCUCACAAAACUAAAAGAUGAGAGUUACUCCACAGCCCUUAAAUACAAUGACAAAUUGUUUCACUAUCAGCUUUAUGACUGGUUAGUGUCUCAAAAGUGCCAGGAAAAGCUUUUACAACUGGACACGGAUUUCAUUUUGAUGUAUCUGAAAGAGCACUCAAAGGGAUCUCUAGAAAUCUCGAAUCUGCUUUGGGUUUACCAGUCGAAAAGAUCUCAUUUCUUCCCUGCUGCUCAAAUACUGUAUUCUUUGGCAAUUUCUGAUUUCGAAAUUUCUCUAGGGCAGCGAAUCGAGUACUUGUCGAGAGCAAAUGGGUUCUGUAAUGGCAUGUGUGCCCCCAACGAGCGCCAACAGAUGAUUCAAUUGGCCGGUAUGAUCCAAGAGAUCUUUGACGUGGCGAGCGUGCAGGACGACAUUCUUGCAUUGGUUAGAAAUGACGUCCGAAUCAUUGCGGCUACGAAGGAAGAGCUCAUUCAGCACCUAGACGGAAAGGUUCUACCCGUUAGUGAUCUUUUCAAUGAUUACGCCGACCCUCUGGAAUACUAUGAAGUCUGUCUUGCCAUCUUCAGAAUAUCUGAGUUUAGAAACAACGAGGAAAUCAUUUCAAAGUGGACAGAGCUCUUUAAUUCUUUGAAAAGUGAGUUAAACCCGGAGGGUGACGUAGAAGAUUCGGCCAAUUUCAUCAACCUUUUGACGGCGGUCGUGGUGCGCGUUGGCAGAAAUGUGAGAACCUCUGAAUUCGUUUUUCCGGUCGCGGAUUUGUUCCCCAUAUUAUGUGACUUAUUUCACGAAGAAUUGCCACAGGAUCACAUCAAAGACGGAUCCAUAACGUCCAUUUUCAUUUCAGCGGGUGUUUCAUUUGACAAAAUGUAUUAUAUGCUCAAGAACCUGAUAGAAACUGCGGACUCCGUGAACAACAUCUACAAGAAAGAAAUGGCGUGGCUUAUCAAGGAAUGGUACAAAUCGGAUACUAAGCUGAGGGACUUGAUUUCAUUCGAUGAUGUUCGGAACUUGGAUACUUACACCAUUGAAACCGAUCCAAUCGAAAAUCAAGUAAAAAAGACCGGUACAAGCAUUUAA